GGAGAGAGAGAAAGACGGACAGAGAGAGAGAGAGAGGAGACACAAAGCAGAAAUAACAUAAGAAAAGAGAUGCCACAGUGGAGCGCCGCAAAACCACCCUCCAGACGAAGUCCAAAGUCUCCUGAUAUCAAACAGACAUCAAAAGGUGUGCAAAGGGAUAAAUGCCCCAACAUUAGGAAUAAAGCCAGAUUGUCACUGUAGCAAAAGGAACUUGGGGAAAGCCAAAGGAGGAAGCCACAGCAGAAACUCAACCAAGGGUGGAUACUGCUCCCUGCCUCUGGACAACUGAUAGCAGAUACCACUGAAGUUCCUUUGACACCCAAGUGGAACACAGACAGAAAAGACCUUUAGGGGGGUUUAGAGGUUGUUGCAGGGUGCAGAAACCUCUAUCUUUCCACCGUGUCCUAGCCCGCCACAAAUAGUGCCUGAGGCUGACUGGAGCUGAGCCGCUUCCUUGGCAACGUGAUGGUGGGUAUGGGGCUCUUGCAAUCAAGGAGACUGUCGUUCAUCAUGUCACCCGUCCUGCUAACCUCGCUGGCUCUGCUCCUGUGCCCCCCAUUUGGAGGUGGCAGCCCCAUCACGGCCCCUGAGAGGCAUCGGCCGGCGCCUGGGCUGGAUGAUGGGCGCGGGGGUGUGGUGGACCCCUCGCUCCUGGAGCAGGACAGCGAGGUGGACGUGCAGAAGCUGCUGGAGACCCUGAAGGGGCAGUUCCUCCGCACGUUCAACCUCUCAGGGCUGGGCCCUCGGCCGCAGCCAGGCACCGUGGAGCGUGUGGAUCCUCCCGAGUACAUGAUGGAGCUGUACAACCGCUUCGCCAACGACCGCACAUCCAUGCCAACUGCCAACAUCAUCCGCAGCUUCAAAAAUGAAGACUCCUCCCCUUGUAUUGUGGGUCCACGAGGCGUGAGAAUCCACCCACUGCUGUUCAACGUGUCCCUCCCCCACCACGAACGAGUCACAGCAGCCGAGCUUCGCCUCUACACCCUCGUCCAGACCGACCGCCACCUCUACGCCGGCGUCGACCGCAAGGUGACCGUGUACGAGGUGGAGCAGCGCUACCCUGGCAACAGCAAUGGAGGUGGUGUUGAUGGCGGUGGGGGGGAGGCCAACGGUGACGCCAUGGAAAACGGGUCAGAUGGCGGGUCAGAUGGCGGGUCUGAAGAGCGGACGGCGCUGGUGGAGCUGGCAUCGCGGCAGGUAUACGGCAUGGACGACGGCUGGGAGUCCUUUGACAUGACUGCCGCUGUGCACCGCUGGCGCAAAUCGGGCUCCGCCACCACCCAUAGGCUGGAGGUGCACAUUGCCAGCCUGGACGGGGAUAAAGACGGAGAGGAAGAGCCUGGGCAGACAGGAGGCGAGCGGAGUGACCGACCGGCAGCCGGCACGGGAAACAUGGAGAUCGAGACGAGCCAGGAGGACCGGCACCGGCCGCUGAUGAUCGUCUUCUCCGACGACCAGACCGGAGACCACCGUGGCGACCGGCGCGAGCUAAACGAGAUGAUCGGUCACGAGGCGGGCGGGGGCAACGGCCUCCAGGACGGUGGCCUGAACAGUCUGCUUGAGGAGCUGGGCGAGAUGGGCCUGGGGUCGGAUGCGGACCCAGGCAACGGCGACGGCAACGAACCCGAUGAGGAAGCCCUCAUGCAGAUGCGGUCCAACCUCAUCUACGACACCUCCUCGCGCAUCCGCCGCAAUGCCAAGGGCAACCACUGCAAGAAGAACUCCCUCUACGUGGAGUUCAAAGACAUUGGCUGGGACAGCUGGAUCCUGGCGCCCAACGGCUACGAGGCCUACGAGUGCACGGGCGUCUGCUCCUUCCCACUUACCCCGCACGUCAAGCCCACCAAGCACGCCCUGGUUCAAACGCUGGUCAACCUCAAGAGCCCACAGAAGGUGGCACCCGCAUGCUGUGUGCCCACCAAGCUCGACCCUAUCUCCCUUCUCUAUCUGGACGAUGCAGGGGUGGUCACCUACAAAUACAAGUUUGAGGGUAUGGUGGUGGCAGAGUGUGGUUGUCGAUAGCAAGAACAGAACUUUUCAAAUGUCUUAGUGCCCAUAAGAAACCCAACAGAUGACCUAAGCUGUACAUAACCACUUCACCAGUCAAACAAACAAAGCAUGAAACGUGCGGAUUUGAGAUAGAGUAGACAAGAACACUUAAAUGAAAGACAUUAGUCAAUAUUUAUAUUUGUGUACAGCUCAAUCAAAUGUUUAGAAUGUGUACAAUGUGUAUAUUUGGUAUUUCAAGACAGAGAUUAUUUUAUUAUGUCAUGUACAGAAUGUUUUCUUAUCAUCUGCUUAAUGUGAAUGAAACAGCAAACUGUAAAAAAAGGAAGGUAGUUUAUUCUCUGACACAAUCUCUAUCAUAAUGUUUAUGGUUGGUUUAUGGAGUGAUGUUGGCGAGCCUAAAGAAUCAUUCAGAAACCAGAAGUAAGCCGAAGUGAAUGGGAAGUGGUUAAGGCUGUAAAAACACCAAAUCCCCCUCCAACAUGAAUCAGAGAUCCUAUCUGGGAGGCAUGCAACAUUCUUUUCUGCGUCAUUGACGUCAGCGGCAGGCAGAAAGUGUAUUGCGUUCCGUGUCUCUGUAAGUGGGUGUUCCACUGACAUGCCAGCACACUGGAGCGGGCUCACAAACUCCAUCACCUAGGGGUCAUACAUUUGACCUCUAGGGUGACAAGACAUGUGAAGAGGCUACAAGCAUGUGAAACUGAUUGCUCUCCUUCAGGAGAUCAGGGUGGAUUAAAAUGCAAGGGGAGAGAACAAGAGCAGGACAUUGUGAAACAUUGUGUUUCUCUUCUAGCCCCCUGUGGACAGUUUGGAUAACAGCUGAUACCUACAAUAGUUUGUUUCAUCACAGAGAGACUGUCUAUGGAGCACACAAGGCCAACCCAGUCCAAAAAGGAACUAUAAUGGCCUCCCUAGGGUCAACCGGUCAAAUCUGAAGACAAAGCAGAGGAGAAGCAGCUGCACUACCUACCAUGGCUGUCCGUGACUCAAUCAUAAUGUGGAGGUGGGAUUAACAGAGGAAUGUUGUGGUGUGUGUGUGUGUUUUGUGUGUGUGUGUGUGUGUGGGGGGAGAUGAAUGAAAUCUUGGGACAUUCCACCACUCCUAUUUAAGGCUUAGGACUGGGGUACAGGACAGAGGGCGUGCAGGGAGGGGGAGAAUGGACAUCUUCCUGGACCGAUCCUUCUCCUCCCCUGUGUUGUUGCAAAGCAGUGCUUUGGGGGUGGGGGGCGGUGGGGCUGUAGGUUAUCACCCCUCACCAACCUUCACGGACUACAAGGAGUCACAUGUACACGAUCCCUACCCCUGUUCCUUUACCACC